AUUGAGAGCGAAAAGAUGUCUUUAAUCUAUCUCUGGAAAUGUAAACAGUAUUUGGAUGACAGUAUUUCCACUCUUAAUUGUCAUACUGCUUUCUCAGGUUGGUUCUUGAAUAUCCAUUAUCUCUGUCCUCAGGUCAAUGUGGUUAACUUCUCCAGUAGCUGGAAUGAUGGACUGGCUUUCAAUGCCCUCAUCCAUAGCCACAGGCCUGAACUUUUUGAUUGGAGCUCUGUGGAGAAGAAGACCUCGGCAGUCGACCGAAUGGAACAUGCCUUUAGUAAGGCGGAGCAACACCUGGGAAUAGAGAGGCUACUGGACCCUGAGGAUGUGGCAGUGGCUCACCCUGACAAGAAGAGUAUCAUUAUGUAUGUGACGUCACUCUUCCGGGUACUUCCACAAAGUGUUUCUAUGGAAGCCAUCCAAGAGGUGGAGACGUUACCUCAGGCAGCCACAGCCAAUAUCACCCGUGUGACAACAGAGGAACACUACCAGAUCCAGACCAAGCAGCGCUUCUCUGAGCAGAUUACAGUGAAUGUGGCUCAGGGGCGAGUGCAGAGCCCCUGCCCUCAGCCUCGCUAUAAAAGCUAUGCCUACACCCAGGCUGCCUAUGUCCAGUCGCCCGAGCAAAAGAGGAGGCGUUUUACUGACCAGUUCCUGGAUCCCAGCCAAGAGGAGCUGCAGCAGCGUCUCAGUCCUCUGCCUGCAUGCACCACCAGCCUGGAAAGCUACCAGGCUGCACUGGAGGAGGUCUUGACAUGGCUUCUCUCAGCUGAAGAUGGUCUCCAGGGCCAGGCUCCUAUCUCAAACCAUGUGGAGGAGGUUAAGGAGCAGUUUCACACACAUGAGGGGUAUAUGGUGGAGCUGACAACACACCAGAGCAGUGUAGGACGAGUCCUCCGGGCCGGUGCUGCCCUGCUGGGGGAAGGAAACCUGAGUGAAGAGGAGGAUUCUGAAGUGAGAGAGCAAAUGAACCUUCUCAACUCCCGGUGGGAGCACCUAAGAGUCGCUAGCAUGGAGCGACAGAGCAGACUCCAUGAAGUUCUGAUGGACCUGCAGCAUGAGCAGCUGCAGCAACUCACAGACUGGUUGGAUGUGACAGAAGCACGUAUUAAGAAGAUGGGGGCUCAGGCACUGGGACCUGACCUGGAGGACAUCAAGCGCCGAGUAGAAGAACACAAGCUCCUGCAGGAGGACCUGGAACUUCAGCAGGUGAGGGUGAACUCUCUGACCCACAUGGUGGUGGUGGUAGAUGAGAACAGUGGAGAUAGCGCCACUGCUGCCUUGGAGAGCAAACUUCAGGUGCUUGGUGACCGCUGGGCAGCGAUUUGUAGAUGGACAGAAGAACGCUGGAUUCUGCUUCAGGAGACUCUCCUGAAAUGGCAGCACUUCACCAAUGAACAGUGUUUAUUUGACUCCUGGUUAACUCAGAAGGAGGAGAUGGUUGGGUCCAUUAAGACAACCAACCUGAAGGACCAGACAGAGAUGGUGGCCUGUUUGCACCAUCUUACUACUGUGAAGGCAGACCUUGAUGUGAAGCGUCCCACCAUGGACAAAUUAUGCUCAAUGAGCCAGGAUCUGGUGUCCAGUGUGAAGAACAAAGAGGUGGCCAACAAACUAGAGGCCAGACUGGAUAGCUUUGCCCAGCGCCAGGGCCAACUAGUCCAGAUCCUAGAGAUGAGUAUCACCCAGCUCUCGGCAGCUGUCAGUGCAGCACAGCAUUCCGAGCUAACCCACUCAGUAACUGCAACUGUAACCAAAGUGACAACAAGAGAGAAGAUGUCAGCUGUCCGCCAGACCCGAGAGUCACCACCUCCACAGAAGAAGAGACAAGUAGUUGUGGAUUCUGAGCUCAGGAAAAGAUUUGAUGUGGAUUUCACUGAAGUCCACAGCUAUAUGACCCGUGGUGAAGCCAUUCUGCAGAGCCCUGAAUUCUCUGUGACACGCAAAGACAGCAGUAUUCAGGAGCUGCAUGACAAAGUCCAGGCAAUUGAAAGAGAGCGGCCAGAAAAGUACCGAAAGCUUCAGGAGGCCACACGCACAGCACAGGCCCUUGUCGAGCAGGAGGGGAGUCGUGCCGAUGACAUUGCCCAGGCAGCAGAACAGCUUAACCAGCGCUGGGCAGGAUUCUGCACCCUGCUGGGAGAAAGACUGGCAUGGCUGUCCUUUCAAACAAAGGUACUGGCCUUCUACAGCUUGUAUGAGCAGUGUGAGCAGGCUGUGGACAGCAGUGAGAACUGGCUCAAAGUUCAGCCCCCGCUGGCAUCUGAACCAGAACCACUCAAAGUGCAACUGGACCGAUGUCGGCACUUUGCUGAAGAGGUGGCUCGGCUGUCCUCACUGCAGCCCCAGGUGCACCUCCUGGAUAAGAGGCUCAAAGAGCUGAAGGAAGAGAAAGAAGGGGACGAGGACCCUGCAACAUUCCUGGAUGUUGACCUCAAUGCCUUCAAAGAACACUACCACAAGGUCCUGGAGGAUCUGAGGGCUAGAGAGAAGCACCUACAACUUGUUUUGGAGAGUUUGCCCCCAGCUCGUUAUAGGGAAACAAUAUCAACAUUGUUGUCAUGGUUACAACAGUGUGAAGCCAAGCUGGCCAUUCCAUCAACAGCUGUUACAGAAUAUUCAAUCAUGGAACAGAGGCUAAAGGACAAUCAGGCUCUCCAGGUGGCUCUGGCUGAACACCAGGGGGAUGUGAACUACCUAACUUCAGCUGUGGAGCUGGUCUUCCAGAAAGCACCACCAGAUGUCAGUCAGAAGUAUCGCAAUGAGAUGGAUGUCAUCAUGGGGCGUUGGAGACGACUGGGCUCCACAUUGACAGACAGUGCCCAAAGAAUACAGGAACUCAUGGCCAAACUGAUGCAGUUUGAGAAUGACGUAAAGACUUUAAAGAAGUGGAUGGAAGAUGUCGAUGUCUUCCUAAAUGAGGAAUGGCCAGCACUUGGAGACUCUGAGGCACUCGAGAAACAGUUAGAGCAGUGCACAGCUUUGGUGAAUGACAUUCACACCAUCCAACCCAGUGUCAAUGGCAUCAACGAGGUGGGCCUGUACCUAAAGAAAGAGGCCGAGCCUCCAUUUGCUGUGCAUAUCAAGAAAGAACUGGACUUACUCAAUGCCCAGUGGGAAAACAUUUGCAAACAGGCCUAUGCAAAGAAGUCAGCUCUAAAAGGUGGCCUUGACAAGACCAUGGCUCUGAGGAAGGAGAUGCAGGAGAUGCAGGAGUGGAUCAACCAGGCCGAGGAAGACUACCUAGAGAGAGACUUUACAUAUAAGACGCCUGAAGACCUAUGCAAGGCUGUUGAGGAGCUAAAGACGGCCCAGGAAGAGGUUCAUUCUAAGGAGCAAAAGGUCAAACUCCUGACUGCCAGUGUGAAUAGUUUCAUUGCCAAAGCCCCGCCCACAGCCCACGAUGCUUUGCACUCAGAGUUGGAUGUACUGACAGCCAACUACCAGCGCCUGUGCAGCCGCCUUGAUGGGAAGUGUAAAACUCUAGAGGAGGUGUGGGCGUGUUGGUGUGAACUGCUGUCCUACAUCGAGCAGGAGAAUGCCUUUCUGGACCAGUUGGAGGAGAAACUGGACAAGACAGAAAACUUGCCGGGAGGAUCUGACGAGCUACAGAAGGUGCUGAAUAGCAUUGAGGUUCUUUUGCAGCACCCAGAAGACAACAGGAACCAGAUCAGAGAACUUGCCCAGACCCUGAUGGAUGGAGGUGUUCUGGAUGAGCUGAUUCAGCAAAAGUUGGAUGCUUUCAACACCCGUUGGGAUGAACUUAUGGCGAGGGCAGCACUCAGGCAAAAAGAGCUGGAGCAGAACCUCCAGUGGGCUCGGGAGAAUGACAAAACCCUGAAGCAGAUCCAGGAAUCCUUAGCUAACACAGACCGCCACCUUACUGCAUACCUGGCUGAUCAAAUCGAUGCUCAGCAGAUACCACAGGAAGCUCAGAAAAUCGAGUCAGAGCUGAGCAGCCAUGAAACGACCCUGGAGGACUUGAGGAAGAAGAACCAGAACAAAGACAAAGACCCUUCCCCAAAGAUCAUGGGACAGAUGGACCUUACCCAGAAAAUGCUGGCAGAUGUGUGGACUAAGUUCCGACUCUUCCAGAAGCCUGCCAACUUUGAUUCUCGGCUGCUCGAGUGUGAGCGUGUGCUAGCCUGGGUCAAAAGUCAAAUGGGGGUGCUGGACAUCCGCAGUGUAGAGCAGGACGUGGUGCAGUCACAGCUGGAGCAGUGCAUGAAGCUGUAUAAAGCGCUGAGUGAAGUGAAAGGGGAGGUGGAGACGGUUAUAAAAACAGGCAGACAAAUCGUACAGCGGCAGCAGACUGAGCAGCCCAAAGAGCUGGACGACAGAGUGACUGCCCUGAAACUGCUGUAUAACCAGAUGGGAGCUCAGGUGACAGAGAGUAAGUUGGAGCUGGAGAAGAGUCUGAAGUUGUCAAGGAAGCUGCGUAAGGAGCUGAACGGGCUCACAGAAUGGCUCGCUGCCACUGAUGCCGAGUUGACGAGGCGCUCUGCAGUGGAUGGAAUGCCCAGUGACCUGAAGGAUGAGGUGGCGUGGGCACAGUCCAUCCAUGGGGAGACGGAGAGACACCAGCCACAGCUGCAGGCAGUGGUGGACCUCGCCGAGGCCUUAAAGGCUGUGCUGCGCGGCCAUGGAGCCCUUGUGGACGACAAAGUCAGUCUGCUGCACUGUAACUGGAUUGCAGUGACUUCUAGAGCAGAAGAAUGGCUCAACCUGCUGCUGGACUACCAGCAGCAGAUGCACAAGUUGGAUGGACAAAUACAGGAAGUGAAUGGAUGGAUCAAUGGUGCAGAGAGACAAAUGAAUGAGAUAGACAGCCAGGGACCCAGUGAUGUAUUGAAGGUGCUACGUGCAGAGCUGGAACUCACUAGAGGAAAGAUGGAGGAGGUAAGGUCUCUGGGGCAAGAGUUAAUGUCCACCAGGGGGGACAACUGCCAGGUCCAGGUCAGACCCAAGUUGGAGCAGCUUAACCACAGAUUUGACACCAUCUCUCAGCGCAUUACCUCUGGAAUGAUGGCAGCAUCAGCCAAGGAGCUAGAGCAGUACCACAGUGAAGCGCAGGUCUGGCUGGAGCUCCUGGAAGAUGAAGUCAAACAAGGGGAAAACCUGAAGGAAGAAGAUUUCCUGGAGGACAAGGACUGUGAGGAGGGCGCAGUUAAGGAGUUACUAUUAAAAGGAGAGAGUCUACAGAAGAGAGUCCCGGAUCUGGACAAGAGAGAGGAGAUCAGACUUAAGCAUAACAAGCUGAACAUGAAAUACAACAUAGUCAAGGACCUGCGCGUCCUUCGAAACAGGAAGGCAUUGGCCAUUGCGCCCCAGUGGUACCAAUACAGGAGGAAGUCACAUGACCUGCUUGCCUGGCUAGAUGACAUUCAACGCAGAGUGGACUUACUGCCUGACCCCCCUGAGGGAGAGAGGGUCAAGGUGAUGGAAAUUGGCUCAGAGUUCGACAAGAAGAAGGAGGAGCUUAAGGAGGUGCAGGGCUUAGCCAAUCAGCUUUCAGAGGCUGGAGCCACCAAUCUAGUGGAGCCCCGCCAACUCCAGCUCAACACACGCUGGGUUGAGGUGGAGGGCAAGUUCAUACCCUUCAAAAGACAAUGUGAGUAUAUCACAGAGCUCCAGGCGCUGUUGUGUUCGGUGUCAGAGACGGACUUCAAGCUGAACUCUCCUGAAUACUGGCCUGCAGCAUAUUAUAACAUGUCUCAGCAAGAGCACUGCCUGAAGGACGUAAAGGGGAAUAUUGACAAGCUGCGAGGUCCUGUCGAUGGAGUACUGGCUCACAGGAAGGAGAUGAUGUCUGGUGCUCGACCUCUGGAGGGCCAAAGAAUCCAGGAGUCUGUCAACCUCCUCAGUAUCAGCUGGGGCAAACUGAACAAGCUCUACCAGGACAGACAAAAGCGUUGGCAGGAUUGUAACUCCAAGUGGCAGAAGUUUGUUUCGGAUCAGAAGGAACUUGAGGAGUGGCUGAAUGAUGCUGAGGGGACUUUGAAACUGGCCGAGAGCAACCCAUUAGCACACAGACAGCACCUAAGGGACUUGACUGAGGAAAUACCCCUCCAGGAAGCAGUGCUGGGCAGAGUGAACUCUGCAGGGGUGGACAUAAGCCAGAUGAGCACACCAGAUGAUGCUUUGCAGCUUCAAUCACAGCUCAAAUUACUGAACACGCGGUGGGCCAACGUCUGCCAGCAGCUUAACAAACGAAAAAGGAGGUCUGCAGAGGCAUCCACCUUGACUGCAGAGGUGCAGGAGAAUGUUGGCUCGAUGCUGGGCUGGCUGGACAAAGCUGAGGGCGUCCUGGCCAUUCCUCUGCAGCCUGCAGAGCCACAGCACAUAAGAGACACUCUGGGCAAAGUUCAGGUAUGUGUGGAGGAGCUUCCUGCCCAGAAUGUAAUGAUGGAGAAUCUGAACUCAAGACUGAAGCAGAUAACAUUUCCUGCUGAUAAACAGAAAGACAUCAGGAUCAUAAACACUCGUUGGUCUCAGGUGUCAAAGACUCUUCCUGAACGUCAGUUGGAGAUCGAGGGUCUGCUGAAGGAGAUAGAGAAGUGUGAGAGUCAUCUGGAUGACCUGUCAGUCUGGGCAUCCAGCACCAGAACCAAGCUGGAGCACACCCCUGAGGGACCAUCUGCCAGGCUCAUUAACGAAGUGCAAGUCAAGCAGCCAGAAGUGGAGUGUGUGUUGGAGAAAGCUGAUCAGUUAUACAAGGACUCUCCUCUUGAGCAACCUGGCAAGAUUAAAUAUAUUAGGCUAAGGGAAUCUUGGACAGUAAUCUUGGAGCUGUUGCAGCAGCACAAGGAGAGGACGGCUGCUCAGCUUAUAACCAGAAAAGACAAUGAAGGUCUGACAGGAAGUUCCCAGCCUGAAUAUGCAGCAUUGGCUCAGUUCAACAAGUCCUGGGCUGAGCUAACUGACUGGCUGACCAUGAUGGAUAACAUGGUACAGAACAAGCGGGUAGUGGUGGCUGACCUCGACGACAUCAACAACAUGAUAAGGCAGCUCAAGGCUUCUGUACAGGAUCUUGAUCAACGCCGCCCCCUCCUGGAGACACAGAUCACAGCAGCCCAGAACCUGAAGAACAAAACCAGCAGCCAAGAGACCCGCAGCGCUAUUUCUGAACGCAUUGAUAGACUCCAGGCUUACUGGGAAGACUCUCAGACUAAACUGUCUGAUAGGAUGAAGCAGCUACAAAACAUGCUGCAAGACUCUACCAACUGGCUGGAUGCCAAGAAGGGGGUGGAUCAUCUCAUCAAACAGGCCAAUGAGAGACUGGAUUCGUGGCAGGAGAUCACUUAUACAGUUGAUGCACUGAAAAAACAAAAUGCUGAACUGAAGCUCUUAAUGAAGGAGCUGCAGCAAUCCCAGAUACAGGUCAAAGAAACCAAUACACUGGCCAACAAACUACUGACGCUAUAUGCCAAUGAUGACACUCACAAAGUCACCCAGAUCAACAACAACAUGGAGACUGCCUGUGUAUACAUCAACAAACGUGUUUCGGACAGGGAGGCAGCUUUGGAAGCUGCUCUAAAGUUACUGCAGCAGUUCUACUUUGAUUUGGAAAAGUUCCUCAACUGGCUCACAGAGGCUGAGACGACCUGUAAUGUUUUACUAGAUGCCACGAACAAGGAGAGAUUGCAGGAGCAGUCUGAGGCAGCAAGGAACUUGCUGGCACAGUGGAAGGACCUCCAAAUAGAGAUUGACAGCCACACAGAACUGUAUCACUCUCUGGAUGAAAAUGGGCAGAGGAUUCUUACGUCACUGGGGGACUCCGAGGAUGGUGUUCUGCUCAGGAGACGCCUUGGCAACAUGACCCAGCGGUGGAAUGACCUGCACAACAAGACCCUCCGCAUGAGGGCCCAUCUGGACUCAGAGAUGGCCCCCUGGAAGAGGGUUCACAUGUCGCUGCAAGAACUGUUGAACUGGCUAAGGUUAAAAAGUCAGCAGCUGGAGCAGGAGCGACCUGUAGGGGGGGACAUCCCGGCUGUGCAAGCUCAGCUGGACAUACACCAGGGUUUCAAGAGGGAACUGCGAGCUAAAGAGCCCAUUAUGACCAAGGCUCUGGAUGAUGUGGGAGUCUUUCUGUCUGAACUUCCAGAAGACACACCGUCACCUGAGCACAGAGAUAUCAGCCCAGAGGAGCGCGCACACAAUGUGGGGCGAAUCCUGCAUAAAGAGGCAGACGACAUGAUGAACAAAUGGGACCAGCUCAACACUGACUCAGAUGACUGGCAGAGGAGAUUAGAGUUGGCCCUUGAUCAACUGAUGGAGCUGGAGAAGGCAGAGGACCUACUGGAUGGAAAGCUGAGACGGGCAGAAAUGGUAAAGGAUGCGUGGGAACCUGUAGAAGACCUCCUGAUUGACUUGCUACCAGACCAUAUCGACAGAGUCAAGGAGUUUCAGGAAGAAAUUGCACAGAUUAAGGACGACGUGACGCAUGUGAACGAAUUAGCAUCCACUUUCAAUCUGCCUGAUAUCCAGUUAUCAUCUAGGAACCUGGAACGCAUCGAAGAUCUGAAUACACGCUGGAGCUUGCUCCAGAUCUCCAUCAAUGAGCAUCUCAAGCAGCUGACAGAUGCUCAUGGGGAUUUUGACCUUACACGUGGAUCUGUGGAGACCCCCUUCGAGCAGGGCAUCUCUCCAAACAACGUGCCGUACUACAUCAAGCUGGGGCAUAACACAGAAUACAUGUGCUUUGGAAUUGCCACCGAGGCCAAACUUCAAUAGCGAACAAGAUUGGUGACAGUAGGCAGUCUUAAACUAGCAGUGGGGUUAUUCCUUCGCAAAUCAAAUAGGCCUUCUGCUCAACCUCCUGUACCAAAAUUUUAUAGUAAAAAAUCUGAACAUUUAUAAUAACUGGUGUGAAAUCUUAGUUUUAUAUCAAAUACAUUUCAAGAUAUAUAUGGUAUAUAAUGGUCUGUCAAAGCACUUUCAGGCCUUUUUUAUUUUAUUUUAUUUUUCACAUUGUAACCUGAGGCAAUAUUUGAGCAUCAGUACCUCAAAGACUGUUAAAGACAGAAGAUUCACUGGUCUUUCUUACCAUCAAAAUGAAUCAAUAUCUGUCAUUUGUGAAAAACACAUGAAAAAUGUCUAUCUAUUGGCCACAUCCUAAUGCAUGCCCAAUUAUCCAGGCAAGUGAAAACGCUACGUCCAGAUGAACAGAAUGAACUUUUGGAGAUAUCUGUUGGCUAGUUAAAUGCCUCUUGCACAGUGUUUCAUGGAGAAGCAUCUUACUAUUGUGGUAUGGUAGAAAUAAAAAUCACAUUCUACAACAAGACCAAAGGAGGUGUAGACACAUGGACCACAUGGUUAGCACCUACAUAUGUAAGUUUAAAAACAAAGAGAUUUUCAAUGGUGCUGUGGUCUGACAUACUUAACAUUGCUACCCAAAAUGCCUACACCUUUUCAUAGCUUAGCACCGUGAAUUCAAGAGCAGAAUCACCAAGGCACAACUCACACCACACAUGAGAACUCAACUGGAAGGUUGCUCCCAACUGCAAACCACUAUCACUGAAGUAAUGGGAAGGUGUUGGGUGACAAAAGCCACAGGACAGCCGCAGGAAAAGCAGACAGGCCCAACCAAAGAGAAACAAAGAUCAUAAAGUCAGAAGUUGGCGUGGUAAAUCCAAUGUAUGGAUGUCAUUAGAUGUUGACAUUGCUCUGUUCUGGAAAAGUGUAGGGACCAGUCACUUUUGCAUGUAAGGGUUAAAAGGUAUUCUGCAUACAUUAUUUUGCAGCAUUAUAUAUCAUUCAGAAAUUGUUAAAAAUUGUCUUUUGUAAUUUAAAUUUUAUUAGUGUUUGCUAAAAUAACAUAAAACCUUUGGACCAUAAAAGUAAAGCAAGUUGGAAAUAGACGUACAGGAAAUUUUUUUUAAAUUGUCUGAUUUUAGAUGGAAUGACCCAAAGUUGGUCCUUUUCAGAUUCAGAUCAACUUUAUUAAUCCCAAAAGGAGGGCAGUUUGUUCGCAGCUUAUCCACACAACCUACUCCCACAGUCAAACACACAACCAAUAAUCACACUGUUGCAUGUCAAUUCAGAGAUCAACAACAAUGAGGUCAAAUAAAUAAAUACAUUCAAAGUAAGAUAAAAAAACAACAACA